UUCGUAGACCGCAGUCGCCAAGUGGCAUUGGUAUCGUCGUAAUUUUUUCAUAUAUAAAAUUAUUUACGAUAAAACUUUUUUUUUUUAAUAUAAAACGUGUAUUUUUUUUAUUUUUUUUCGUCUAAUUUAUCGGCUUUAAUUGUACAACAUCUUAAAGUUAAUCGUUCUAUAUGAAUUAGUUUUUAAAAACAAAAAAAAAUCAUAAAUAUUAAUUAAAAUUUAUUAGUUGACAUAGUGUAAGGUCAAUAAUUGACACUUUACAUUAUUUUGACAUUUAUCUUAUAUUAAUAAAACUAGGUUAACAUGUAUAAAUAUUCAACUAAAAAUGUUGCACAGUGAAAAUAAUAAAGUGAAUUAAAAAAAUAUAAUAAAAAAAAAAAUGGAGAUAAAAAGAGAAUUUGGAUAACGCGUGUAAGAUGAAGAGAUAAAUAUAUAUAUGAAAUAUAAUAAUAAAAAAAAAAAGAGUAAAAAAUAAGAGAGAAAAAAAAAGAGAGAGAGGAUCAACAGAGCGUGAUGAGGUUUAUGCUGAAUAAAAAUGAGUACCAUGACGCCAAUGGUUACUUAAACAAUAACAGUGAAAUAAUAAUAAAUAUAUUAUUGUUAAAUAAUAAUUAUUACAUAUUGAGUUUUAAAUUUGACAGGUGACUGUGUACAUUGUGAUGGUGAUAAACUGUCAAAAUAUAUAAAACGACCGGCGUCGUCAUUGACGUCGACGUCGUUCUCAUUUAUCGGUUUUUUAAAAAAAAAUUUUUUUUUUUUCAAUAGUUAUUUUUUUUACUCACGCAAAAAUAUUAUUAUUAUAUUUAUUGGUUUUUAAAUAUUUAUAAUAAUAAUAAUUAAUGAGAAAUAAAUAUUUUUUAAAUGAGAAAAACUUUUAGUAACGUGGCGGUGUGAUACGAACUGUGAUGGGAUAAGAGAAAUGGAGGGGAAUCGAUUCAACUUACGAGAGCACGUUGGAAAAGAGAAAUACUUCAACGAUGCGUUUCAAUUUGAUACUGUGUAUGCACUUUUUCUAUGUGCAUUGUUAUUUAAAUAAAAAAAAAAGAGUAAAAUAUUAGUUUUUUUUUUUUUUUUUUUUUUUAAUUAAUUGAUUUUUUUUUUAAUUAUGAUUAUUGCUAAAAGUUCAGUGUAAAUUAUAUGAAAAAUAAUAUUUAAAUUUUAACUAAAUUAUAUUGAGUUUAUUUGUUAUUUUUUUAUUUCAAUGGAGUUAUAAAAUGUGAAGUGUAAUAAACUGUGCCAAUUUAAAAAGUUAACGAAUAUUUUAAUAAUAUUUGUGAUUUUUGGAGUAAAAAGUUGAUUAAAGUAAAUUUUUAUAAUAAAAAAAGAAAAAAAAAAAUUUAAAACUUAACAAGUUGUUGAAGAAUGCUGAAGUUUUUGACGCACAAGCUGAGGACUCACUCACUUAAUGAGGAUCCAAACCAGGAAAAGACGGAUGAUGAUCAUGAUUCAGGCACUGAAUCAGAUGAUGAAUUUCAAGAUGGCAGUGCUAUUACCAACGAGCCCUCUAGUCGAAUGGAAAGUCCAGCAAGUCCAGGUGCAACAGACAGUGCAGUACCAUCUGAUACAGACUUUGGUGCACCAACAACGGCAUUUGGAUUUUUUCAACGUGAACCAAGUGAUGAUGUUGAUGAUGAAUUUGAAGGAUGUAUACAAAAAAAAACUUCAUUAUCAUUACCAUCAUCAUUAUCAUUAUUAUUAUCACCAUUAUCAUCAACGACAACAACGACAACAACGAUGACAAAAACAACAGCUGCCAUAGCAACAAUGUGUCUUCAAUCAUGUAAAUCAACAGACAUGUUAAUAAAUUAUAAUGAUCAUCAUAGUUCAGAAGAAGAACUUGAAGUUAUAAAUAGUCCAAAAAUAGUACCAUUACAAAGUUGUAGACCAGCAACAGCACCAGAAAAACGUAAAUGGUCACAAAUUAGUAAUAGUAAUAGUGGAAAAAGUUAUUGUAAUCAAAUUCAACAACAUAAAAUAGGUCAAAUUAAUCAACAAAUUAUACAAAAUCAACAAUCAAAUAAUGAUAAUUUUACAAUAAUUGGUACAUGUUCAGCACCACCAAGUAGAACUGGUAGAGAUCAAACUGGUUCUGGUUCAAGUGAUGAAGAGGUUAAUGGAUUACUUGGCAGUACAAAUGGAAGUUUAAUUUGUCAGCCAGUACAAUUUCGUACAUCACCACCAAUUGAUGUACAUAAACCAGGAAGAUCAUUAUCACCACCACCAAAACUUUUUCAUGCAUUAACACGAGAUACAAGACCACCACCAAGACCACGUUCAAGACCACGUCAUCAUCAACAUUUGUAUCAUCAUCAUCAUCACCAUCAUCACCAUCAUCAUCAUCGUCAUGAUGAUGAUGAUGAUGACAUUGACACAGAUGUUGAUACAAUGAGUGCAUGCAGUCCACGUAAACGACAUAGACCACCACAUCGACAACCAAGACCAUGUCUUGAUUUUGAAAAAAUGCAACAAUUAAAAGCACGUGCUGUUACUGCUUGGAGACACAAUGGUGAUCAUGGUAGUGAACUAUCUGUAUUUUGUUGGUGAGAAUGGUGAACCGGUGAGCAUAAAAUUAUGCAUCAUCGGCAAUCGGUACUGAAUACUUAUAUAUUAUCAAUAAUAUAUUAUAUCGCAAAAAUUAAGCGACUAACAUGACUGAAUCAAUUGAUGGGACAAAAUUCCUCCCAACGCCAUCUUGCUUCCACAAAGUAUAAAAUAAAAAAAAAACAAAACAAAAAUAAUAUAUAAACGAGGAAAAAUAAAAGAAAAAAAAAUGGAGAGAGAAGUUUUGGACAAAAUGAUGGUGAAAUCCGGUUCGCGAACCCCUGGGAAAAAAGUCUUUACCGAUUUUUCCGUGACAGGAUGAAAGAUAAGGACGUAAAAAAAAAGCCAUAUAAACCAGGAUAAAAAAUAAUAAUAAUAAAAUAAAUAUUUAUUCAUUAUUCAUGCAGUCUAUUCAUUCAGUUAACGAUGAAUACCUAGUAUUUUAAAACACGUCUGUGCGUAUUUAUCGAAGCUGCACACAGUCAAAAGCAAAAAACCAUAUACUUUUUUUUAUUUUAACGUCAAAAUGAAAUAGGGAGUAAAAGACAAAAGUGAAAGAUACAUAUACAUAGACUGCAUAAUGCAUUUUUUAACAAUGAUAAAUAAAAAAAAUAAAUAAAAAUAUAUAUGGAUUAUCGUUAUUUUUAAUUUAAAUAAUAUUUUUUUUAAUUUAUUUGAAUUUUAAUUUAAUUCAAUUAUGAAAAUAUUGGAUGGAAAAAUAAAAAAAUGAUAUAAUAUAUAUUUUUAAUUUAUUUAUUUUUACUUUUUUUUUUAAUUUUUUCAACCGUCCACAAUUUAAUUGAAGUAAAAAAAAUAAUAAUGAUAAUAGUAAUAAUGAUAAUUAAAUAAUUCAAUGAAUGAAGAAGGGGUUAAUUGGUGAACUGGUAGACACUGGAUAAAAUUAAUUUGAUAAGAUGAAAUAUUUAAAAAAAAUUGGUAUAUAUUAAUAUAUAUCUGUGUGUAAAUAAUUGUGAUUAUACAUGUGGAGAAUUCGCGGUUGCAAAAUAUAAUAUAACUAUGAUUAUAUAUGAAAUAUUAGGAUGUAAAUUUAAACCGGGCUCUUCGUGUAUUUCUAUGCAGAUAUAUAUGAAAGAAUUUCUGUAUAUAUUAAUAUUAUUCUAUAUGUAUAUGUAUAUGCACCAAAAAAAAAAAAAAAAAAACGUGAAUAUGAAACAUAAAAAAUAUUGUGAAAAUAUUUAACAGUAAGAUAAACAAUAAUCCUGAUUUGUUUUAUUAUGUUUUUUCUAAUGAAAAUUAGUCGAUUAAAACGAGCUAAAUUUAGUGGAUUAUCUCAAAAUCAAUACGUUUUUUUUUUUGUCAUAAUAAAAAUAAAUAAUUAGAUCAAGUUUUUGAUUAAAUUAUUAAUUAAAAAUAAUAAUAAAACUGGUAAUUAAUUUUUUCAAAACACAAAAAUACAAUAAAACAAAUUUAAAAUUACAAUUAAGAAAUAAUUAUUAUAAAAACAAUGAAUUUUUCAAUGUGAAGUUGAGCGUACGUUUAAAUUGUUAAAGCAAACAAUGCGUUAAUCUCUGUGCUUCUCUUUCCAUGAAUGAAAAAAAAAUAAAAAUUGGAAAAUUAUAUUAAAAUGAAAAAAUAUCUUGGUAUUGUGUGUGGGUAUGUCGUCGAUUGCAGGAAAGUAUGUCGAUUUAUAAAUGAAAGUGGGAAAUAAGUUUGAAAAUAAUUAUAUAAAUUUAAUAUUUAUUAUUUUUAUAAUUUCACGUUUAAAUAAUACACAAGUGUUUUGUUUUUUUUUUUCUUUUAUACAGUGAAAAACAAUUUUUUUAAUAUUGUAUUAUAAAAUAUUUAUCUGUAAUUAUAUUAUACGAAAUGAAAUGAAUGAAAAAGUAUUUUUUAACAUUAGCAAAUAAUAGAACCAAAAAAAUAAAAUAAAACAAAGAAUAUAUACUAUUAUAAAAUUUUUAAAGAUUUAAAUUUCUUUUUAAAAUGUCUAUAUGUUUCCAAUUUACAACUGAUUUUCAUCAAAAAAAACUUUCAUUUUACGACAUACAUCAAUAAUUUCCUGCUAGAAAUUGAUUUUUUCGCUCGACAAUUCCCUUUCCCUCGAUCCUACUGUUCCUGCAUCCUUAGCAACUAUACAUUAGUAAAUGUGACAAAAAAAAAAAAAAAA